AUGGGGUUAAAUCCGACGGCCUUGAUCGCCCCACGUCAGCGCCCCACAAGCGGAGCCCUAUUGACGGCGUCCGCCAUAGCCAGGGUUAGGGCUUGUGAGAAAAUUUUCCUUAUGUCUUCGUGCGACGAGGAGAUCCUGCUGCUGGAUGCCGCGAAGGAUUGGCCAGCGUCGUCCGCCACUGCCACUGGGCCUGGAUCUGGCGUCGUGGGAGUGGGCGUCGCGAACAAUGGCGACACGGAAUUCAGCGACGACGAGCAGCAGCAGCAGCAAUUCCACCACCACCACCUCAUGGGCGUAGGAUUCAAGCGCCAGCAGCUGGAGAUGUCCGGAGGAGCCGAAUUCUCAGGUCUGCCAAACAAGAGUGGAGCGUCGAGCGAUGGUAGCGAGAGGGAUCAGCCGGAGAACAGCGACGACACCAAGGGCCCCUCGUCCAAGAGGCUCAAGGCUAUGCAGCAGCAGCAGCAGCAGCACGGACAGGUCGAUUCGUUCAAGAAGGAUCGAGAGGAAUGGAGCGACACUGCGAUUUGCGCGCUGCUGGACGCCUACACGGAGAAAUUCUUGCAGCUCAACAAGGGGAAUUUGCGGGGGAAGCAUUGGCAGGAGGUGUCCAACAUGGUGAGCAUGCGCUGCCAGGGCCAAAAGUCCAUGAAAACCAUCGAGCAGUGUAAGAACAAGGUGGAUUCUCUCAAGAAAAGGCACAAGGUAGAACGUACGAGGAUGGAGAACACGGGUUCCACAACCAGCCAGUGGCCAUGGUUUUCCAAAGUGGAACAAAUAGUAGGCUCCGCUCCAAAACUCAGUGUCUUACUCGAGGACGAUACCAGCAUGGUGAUCAAGCCUGACAAGCAAAAAGGAGCAAUGAGACAACGAAGACCAAAUUGCAGGACUCCAUCUGUUUCUCCAUGCGCAAACAGCCUUGGCUUCCACACCAAGACCAAGAUCUUGCAACCGAGAUGGCAAAGGGUGCUGCUCAAAGUUAGUGGCGACGCUCUCGCGGGGGAUAGAGUCCAGAACGUUGAUCAAAAGAUAACUUUGCUCGUUGCCAAGGAAGUCGCCUCGGCGAUGCGUCUCGGUGUUGAGGUUGCUGUUGUUGUUGGUGGAGGAAACUUUUUCCGAGGAGCUAACUGGGUCGGGACAAGUGGCCUCGAUCGAGCGUCUGCGGAUCACAUCGGUAUGAUGGCGACGAUGAUGAAUGCCGUUAUUCUACAGGCAUCAUUCGAGAGCGUGGGAAUCAAGGCUCGCAUCCAGACGUCGUACACCAUGACACAGGUCGCCGAGCCGUUUUCUAGCAAAAAGGCCAUUCGUCACUUGGAGAAAGGUCGAGUUGUCAUUUUUGGUGGGGGAACUGGGAAUCCAUACUUCACGACCGAUACCGCUGCUGCGAUUCGUGCUGCCGAGUUAAAAGCCGAGAUCAUUCUGAAAGCGGCAAACAUCGACGGGGUUUUCGACUGCGACUCGAACUUCCUCGAGCACGUAUCGUUCCGGGAACUGGCAAUGAAGGGCCUCUCAGCGCUGGAUGCCGAGGCCAUGAGUCACUGCGAACGACACAACAUCCCGGUGAUGUUGUUUAACAUUAGCGAGCCAGGAAACGUUGUAAAAGCCUUGACUGGAGAGCGCGUUGGUACCUUGAUCGAUCAAACAGGGAAGUUUGUAUGAUCUUCUCCAUUUCGUGUCAUAUAAUUGUUCUUUCUUAGCGAAGAGAUUGACCACACUCGAAACAAAAGCACUGUACAGUUUGAUCUAUCCUGUAUACAAUAACUACAGUGGAGUUUGAAACUUUCAAA